GACGGUCGGCGAGGCGCGCGCGGGCGGACAGGCGAGCGGGCGGCGCUAGGGAUCGGCUGCCGGUCGCGGUCCGGGUGGGCGCCCGCGGCCCCCGGGGAGGGGGCUCCUGCCAGAGGUGACCACCUACUACUUUGGCAUGGGACACCGGCCCCUUCCCCGCUUCCUGUGAUCGAGCCAGCGGCCAGGGUUGCCGUGGGGUGGGGAUGCCUGUCCAUCACCAGAAGUCAGACUCUUGGGAGAUGGACCCUGACUUGUCGCCCAGCUGCAGGCUCGGUGACCUGAGCAGAGGGAGCAGUCUGGAGAGUCGAGCCAGCAGCUCUCGUUCCAGAAGUCUCACUCUGGAUGAUGAGAGCCUGAAGUACCUCACACAUGAGGAAAAGGAUGUCCUCCUGUUUUUUGAAGAGACAAUUGAUUCCCUGGAAGAUGACUUUGAGGAGCAGGUGCUGUGUGACAGUUAUGUCCUGUGCCACUCUCUGCAAUCUCUGACGGAGAGCACUUCUGGUCCCUCCGAGCCUGAAGAUGUCAUGGACUUAGUGCACCCGGGCCCUACAUCCGGGGAACCCAAGAGCUUUCAGGAUGUGACAGAGGCAGCAGGGGCUGGCCCUGCUGGAAAGGAAGACACCACUGUCUCUGAAUGCAAGAAAGGUGAUGCUGAGACGUCUCCCCCGCCAGACCCCCCAGGUCCCGAGGCCCUGCCCCUGCCGCCUUCCCCGCCUGUCCCCGCAGCAGCCCCCACCCACCCCAGGAGAGAGCCCCCUCCUGCUCCAGCAGAGCACCCCAAACUGCCCCGCUCAGUCCCCACUCCGCUCGUCAUCGCCCAGAAGAUGUCUGAGAAGUUGGCAGGGAACGAAGGGCUUUCGCCCACAUCCCCGUCCAAGGAAGGCAGGCCUGCAGAAUGGAGGACGCUGAUUUCUGUGGCCCCUCGACACGGAGACCACGCACUGUGGCACAGACACGCGGCCCAGCCGGCGCCUAAGGUCCACCGCUUCCCGAGCAACAUCAGCGUGACCAACAGCGCGGGGAAGGACUUCAAUAAGACCAUCUCCAAGGCCGCCGUCAACGUGCAGGAGCGCAAAGCCCAGGUCCUGGCCAACAUCAACGGGGUCUCCUUCCUCUCCGUGGGGGAGACGGAGGACCGGGCCCAGAGGGGCGAGCCCGCCGAACAGAGAAGCAUCUCCCCGGAGCAGAGCCAGCCGGGCCUGGCCCAGGAGGCUGUCCCCGCGCGGGCAGCAGCGCACGGCGGCCAGCAGUCCAGAGGUGUGCAGACGGAACAGCCCCUGCUGCUGGCCAACGGCUUCCAGAGCCUCCACGAAGUCCUCAAGAGCCAUCCUGGGCCCUUUGUCUCUACGGGGAAGACAGUCACCUUCCGUCCGAACCCGGCCCUCCCAAGCAAACUUGCUCCCAGACAGCCGGACUGCGGUCAGGAUGCCAGGAAGCGGUCGGGCUCACUGCCCAGGGCUGUGGGGUUCAGACCCCAGGGCAUCACUGUCCAGUUCUCGGGCCGCGGCUCCACGGAGGAGGCCCGUCGGGAGGCCCUGCGGAAGCUUGGCCUCCUGAAGGAGAACUUGUGAUGGAGAACGGGCGACGCUGGAGGAGACAGGGUGACCGGGUCCGUGUGGCCGAAAAUGGAUGUGCGCAUGCGUUCAGCGCAGCCGCAAACUCCCGACUACGGUACCCGGUUGAGGCGCAGAGAUGAGGGCCUCGGACUCGGUAGACGGGAUGCCCCCACUCUGGUCCACAUCCGAACUGGGACAUCCUUCUGUACGCGAAGGACACCCUUCUGUACGCAUCACAUCUUGUCAUCCCUUUUCCAAGAGCCUGGAGAAUAACCUGGAACACCUACAGGUUUCUAUGAUUUGUAAAUGCCAUGUUUUUCUGGAUCUAGGAGGAGGGAGAUUGGGUUUUAUUUUUUUGUUAUUGAGUCUCUAAUCUAACCUUUUAUCCCAAGUUCAUGACGCGAAAGCCAGUUUAGAUCUCUUAUACUCGUUUCUCUAAGAAAGGGACCAUCCCUUCCUUUCCAAGAAAAUAAAGAAGUGCUUGUUCAGUUUUCAUAGUGUCUUAAAGACUGUUUUGGAUUUUUGUUUGUUUUUGAAAGGUGACAUUACGUUAGCCUGAGAUAUGCCUUUGUUUCUUGAUGUAAUCUGGUUUGCCCAGGGUUUGUUUUUUUUUUUAAUUGAAAAUUGAAGCCUUUAGAGUAUGAUUUAACUGUAAUGUUGAGUUAUGGGAGUGGAAUGGAAAGGUUGAGUUUGGAAAAGGUGGUAGUUUUAAGAAAGUAAGUCUCAUCAGACUACAGAGUCUGUGUUACUGGGAGAUACAUGUAUGAGCACGUACUGUGUAUAUACAUGUACAUAAUAUGUGUUUAUAGGUACAUUUAUGUUGUCACAUAUAGAGAUAGGUGGUGUGCACACACAUUCAUUAUUACAUAUAUAUAAACUUCUUAAAACCCUAUUACAUAACUACAGGAUGCAAGCACUUCCUAUUCUUUUGAUACACAAGCCAUCUCAGUGUUGAGAUGAUGACACAAAUUGUUACUUCCUAAUAAGGAAGUCUUUUAAGGACACAUCUCCAUAACAUUUCGGUGAACCAAAGUGCUUUUUCCUCAACAAUGUGUUCUGUUCCCAAUUAAAGUAAUAGUCCAAAUAAGAUUCCAGCUAAGCAAGAGAGUUCCUUGUUUAGUGAAGUGCACUUUUAAAGAUAUCAUUUAUUACCUAAUUUUAAUUAGUUUUGCAUGUUCCAAGGUGGCUGGUAAACAGAAGCAAACAAAAGGUUCUUAAAACAUCUACCAUGUUCCAUGGGCAAGAUCUCAGAUUAAUUUAAAAGGGAAAAAAACAGCAAACUAGGUUACACAGCAUGAAAAGAACUGGUUUUCUCCCAGACAGUGUCUUACAUGCUGAGUUGUAGCCACAAGCAUUAUUAUCAAAACUAUUUCAGGCUGGAAUCUACAACUUCUAAAAAUAGACGGGGAAGGACCACACUUGAAAGUCACACUCUUUUGUUGUUGUACGUCUCAGCCACUGUCACAGAAUCUGUUUCUUUCCUGUUGAGUAUUAUUUAAACUCAAACUUCUAAAUGUGCUGUGAAGGAUAUUUUUCAUAGUAUCAAUUUGCCUUGUAAGUUACAUAAAAUGAUUGUAAUGUUUUCCUUAGAAGGACAGUAUUUAGUGUCUCACUCAGCCCUUGUCCUCCUGAAAUAAUCUCAUAGAUUCUUGAUGGUCUUAGUUUAAAUAGGUGCUUUGAUUUUUACAGAUUCUUAAAAAUAGUUUUUAUUUUACUCCUCUGUUUAUGUUGGAUUUGUUUAAAGGAUUCUUAGGGGCUCUUAUUUCCUUUUUAUAAAGCGAGAUGCCAUGUUACACAGUGUUUAAAAAUAGAGGGUCUUGAUACGGCUAACAUUUUAAAUAUCCCUUAUAUUUGAGGGUUCUUUCUUUUUCUCUUAUCCUAUGACUUCAUUGUGAUUAAGGUGAACUUGACUAUAUGUUAGUAUAUUUGUUCUUAUA